AUGUUAAUUUCCGAUAUUGCCCUUCAAAGAUUCCAAAAUUCAGAGAAGAAGAAAAAUUUCUUGAAUAUCUUCAAGUCGCCUACUGUUUUUGCUUUAAGGUCUGUACAUCUCAAUGUCACUAUAUUUGGAAGUCAGGCACACCAAAUGUCACAGUACCUGAAAAGCAACACCACGGUUACUUGUGUUGUUAUAGUGAUGCAGUUUGUCAAACUUAACGUUUGGAAUGGAAUUGGUCAAUCUCAAAGUCACUUCGAUGUAACGAAGAUGUUCAUUAAUUCUGACAUCGUGGAGAUUAAUCACUUUAAGAAAGAGUUGAAAGCAGAUAACAAUGGUGGUAUGUUGGAAAAAAGCAUAACUACACUUCCAAGCUACUCUUCUUCUUAUAUGGAUGAUUUCAAAGGGAAGUUCCCUUUAAAAACUGUUUGUGAAAUCACAAAACCACUAAAGAGGUUUUUUGAAAUAGGAAAUGAAAUUUCUAUUAGUUGGUUCAAUUGUGAAUAUAAGACAAAAUCUACCUUGGUAUUACGAAGCGUGUUACAAAUGUGGAAGCAGGUCAAUGUACAAGAUCAUACUGGCACCAUUGGACUAACUCUUUUUGAUAGAGAAGCAAAAAGGUUGUUGGAUAUAAGUGCAUUCGAGUUGAAAAAAAUACAUGAAGCGGCCGGUGACAGUUUGCACCUAUUUCCAAAUCAAAUGAACGUUUUGAAAAACAGGAAGUUUGCCUUUCUUGUGGAUAUUACAUCAUACAAUGUGAUCAACUAUAACAAUAUCUACACUGUUGUCAAACUUACAGAAGAUGUCUCCAUUGUUUCGGACUUGGAAAGUAAACUAGAAGUUAUAAGUGUUCAAUCAGUCUCCUUAAAUGAAGUACCACUGCAAUCAGAUGAUGUUGUUCAAACUGUUGAAAAGGAUGUCAUAUCACAAACAGAUGAGAGUUUUACUCUCGCAACAGUUGAUAAAUCAUCGGCAACAAGUCCAAUGAAAAUAUCAUCUGAUUUGAAGCGCAACCUCCAUGACAUUUAUGAUGUUGAUAGUGGAAUUGAUUUCAGUUCAACUAAAUCCAAAAGAAAAUCAAUGGGAGAUGGAAAUCCACUUUUAGUUCCAAAAGUGGAAAAGUGA